GCUCAACGCCGCUUGAUUGACUUGGCUUACACGACCUACUCCGCUGUUUGGCUCCGUAUUGCUAUGGAUAUCCUCUGUCCGCAAAUAGAGACUUGUUCUAUUGAGAAAAAAGGUCACAUUUGUGAGCCAUUGAUGGAUAGCUCAACCGCCUCUAUCACUUCCAAAUCUAGUACUAUCAACAAGGUCUCAUUUGCCCUUCCACGUCAACCGAUGCAUCGUCUUGGUCGUCGCCUGCAUAUAUAUCUUUUUACACCGUCAUCAUCUCAGCUGCCUGCAUCUAGUUCAUCAACCCAAAUAAUUUCUACUAUUAACACAGGGGAUAAGACUCCUGCAGUAGCCUCUGGUAGUUACCCAGUCCGGCGUUUACCACUAUCUAGUAUGGUGUCUACAAGCAAGAAACCAGAUGGGCCUGAUCGCGAAACUUUGUUCAACCGACAUGCUAUAAAGCGAUUUUUGUUACUCGUCUGGUUGUUGGACUGCUUCAAACGACAUCACAUCAACCCUUUUGACCCCUGCCUAUUUCGACUCAAAUGUGCUAUCAAGGUUAUCAUCUUGUUCGAUUUGUCUGCUAAGCCCUACUUAGCUGCAACAGUGAAAUGA